UAUAACUGGAUAUAAGCGGUAGAUAACGCAAUAAUGACAUACAUUUUGUCUGGAGUGUUUCUGUUGUUCACGGUGUACGCGGGGUCCUGUGGGGUCAACGUCCCCGUGGUCGGCUCAAAGGAAUGCCCCAAUCCGUGCACCCAUGAAGGGAUCAAACACUGCUUCCAGUUUCCAUGUGCCCCUCCGCCCUGUUCGAACCCAGUUACCACACCAGGAGAAUGUUGCCCUCACUGCCCCAACAUCACAGAACAAAAUGAUGACGACUGUACUGAUUCAUGUACACACGAAGGACAAAAGCUCUGUCAUCCCAUAACAUGUCCGAGCGUGCCUUGUUUUCACCCUGUCCUCACCCCAGGGGACUGCUGUGCACAUUGUGGUAAGCUGAUAACAGCUUGGCUCGAUUCCAAACGCCAUGAAGAAAAAAGUACAGGCCACUGUCCGAAUUCUUGCUCACAGGGAGGACACCAAUACUGUCACCCCAUAUCGUGCCCCGUUCUUACUUGUCAUCACACCGUCACCUUCCCCGGGGAGUGCUGUCCUCUUUGUGGAAACGUUAUAGUCGGCAAACGAGACGAUCCCGAUUGUCCGAACCCGUGCACACAGGGAGGACAAGCGUACUGUCACCCCAUACCAUGUCCCCACCAACCCUGUGAUAACCCCGUAACCACCCCCGGGGAGUGCUGCCCACACUGCGAAAACGUUAUAGUAGGCAAACGAGACGAUCCCGAUUGUCCGAACCCGUGCACACAGGGAGGACAAGCGUACUGUCACCCCAUACCAUGUCCCCUCCCACCCUGUGAUAACCCCGUAACCACCCCCGGGGAGUGCUGCCCACACUGCGAAAACAGGGUUGACGAUUGUCCCCAUCCAUGCACUCAAGGAGGACAUACGUACUGUCACCCCAUACCGUGUCCCAACCCUCCCUGUGAUAACCCCGUAACCACCCCCGGGGAGUGCUGUCCUCAUUGUCCUAAUCGUACAGGGGUUAAUAACGUGGCAAACACGAGCUGUCCUCAUCCAUGCGAAGUGAACGGCCAUCACUUCUGUUUCCCACCUCCUUGUCCGAUGCCACCAUGUGCCAACCCCGUCACCCUUCCGGGUCAGUGCUGCCAAACCUGCCCAGAAGGCGAUGCGCAAAAGGAUCACAAACUUGCACAGAGGUCUCGUGAGUGGCCCGACCCUUCGAAAUGUUACCCACCGCCUCCCUGCCCCCCGCCUCCUCCCCCUCCCUAUUGUAAUGCCACUGUCAUCCAGCCGUACGAUCUUUGCUGCGAAGUCUGCGAAACAGCCUGUCCGAAUCGCUGUAAAGUGUUUGACGCGAUCUGGUGCAAUCCUCCGUCCUGUCCACCUCUUAUCUGUCCGGACGUCACGUGGACAGAGGGCGACUGCUGUCCCCACUGCGAGGCUGAACAAGGACACCUAUAGGAAUGAUUAUCAUUGCUCUGUAGUUUGCAUAUUAAAAUUC